CGGCGCUGUGGAGGCGGCGGCCAUCUUGGCGGCGGAGCGAUGAGCGGGUUGAACCCCGAGGCGGCGGCGGGGGGCUCGACGGUUGGGUCCCGGGGGCUGGUGGCUGGCAAGGAGAAGAAGAAGAAAGCAGGCGGCGGGGUCCUGAACCGGCUCAAGGCACGGCGGCAGGCGCCCCACCACGCGGUCGACGACGGCAUCGGGGCAGUGGUCACGGAGCAGGAGCUCCUGGCUCUGGACACCAUCCGGCCCGAGCACGUCCUGCGCCUCAGCCGGGUCACGGAGAAUUAUUUAUGUAAACCCGAAGACAACAUCUACAGUAUUGAUUUCACCCGCUUCAAAAUUCGAGAUUUGGAGACAGGGACAGUGCUUUUUGAGAUUGCCAAACCUUGUGUUUCAGACCAAGAGGAAGAGGAAGAGGAGGAAAGUGGAGAUGUGGAUAUCAGUGCAGGACGUUUUGUCCGCUAUCAGUUCACACCAGCAUUUCUCCGCCUCCGGACGGUCGGGGCUACGGUGGAGUUCACCGUGGGGGACAAACCUGUGUCAAACUUCCGGAUGAUUGAACGGCAUUAUUUCCGGGAACGAUUGCUGAAAAACUUUGACUUUGAUUUUGGUUUCUGCAUCCCCAGCAGCAGGAACACUUGUGAACAUAUUUAUGAGUUUCCCCAGCUUUCUGAGGAUGUCAUUCGUCUGAUGAUUGAAAAUCCCUACGAGACCCGUUCUGACAGCUUCUACUUUGUUGACAACAAGCUGAUAAUGCACAACAAGGCUGAUUAUGCCUAUAAUGGAGGCCAGUAAUGCAAGAUUGGACAGGAGAGGUGCUUUGCUGAGGCCCAAGGUCCUGGCACAUGGAGGUGGUCGAAGCUACUGUUAGAGAACACACAUCUGGAACCUGGCCCCACUAAGCUGAGGCUGGGGUGGCAGCUUCCUGUGCUCAAAGAAAGGUGCCAAGCAGUGCUGUGUUUCCUCCCCCAGUAUUUUUUCUUCCCUUGUAUUACCUGCCCCUUAGGUCACAGAGGUACUAUAGUAAAGUAAAAGAUUAGGAUAAGACUCUUGGAAUCCAGAUAAAAAAGAAAGUUUAUUCUCAUGUAGUCAUAGCUGCCUCCUGGUUGUCCUGACAAGCGCGGGUCUCGGUGGCAGAGCCAUGCCUGGGUGAGAAAGCUCUGGCUGGCUUGCCUGCCAGCUAGCAGCUCUUCUUUAGGUUCCUGGGUGCUGUGGGAAGCUGCAGGGACAGCCUCUUCCAGGCAUCAGUUCUCACUUCUGGUGUUGCCAUCAGCACAAUCUGACCUCAGCCUGUGCAUCAUUGUACACUAAUUGGAAAGAAACUCGAAAGUGGUUGGAGAGGAAUGGUGCCGAGACCUGAGGCACUAGAGAUGGAGACUGUUGCCAAACGGAAAGAUCCAUUUUGCGGAGAGGCCUGCUUAUCUGUCUGACUUCCAGGAUCCUCAGCUAGUCUUUCUGGGGAGCCAGCAAGGUUUCAGCCUGGCAGUGCCUUCCUGUUGUUGUUUUGGAGGAAAGUUAAGCUUGGCUUGCUUCUCUAGACUCUUCACCUUUGAGUAUCUCCCAAAAUAGGAUGUGUCAGUUUUGUUCUUGCAACAGUAGUAUCUCUCAAGGCCAUAGCAAGCCUCAUUGUGUUUUUUUAAUUUCUAGGCUGCUUCUUGGGAGGUUUUAUAAAAUGUCAGUGGUGUUCCCAGCGUAUGUGAUGUGCAGUUAGACUUCUGAUAGUGCUAAUCAGGCUCCAGAGGUGAAUCUGGCUCAUCUUGGGGCCAGGCGUAGUUACGAACCAGCAGCUACUUAAAGGAGGCAUUCAAUUUUCUCUACAUAGCAUAGCCUAGAUGAUUGGCUUCUGAUGGGAUUUGUCUCCAAAACUCUUUGUAGAGUUCUUAUUUAGAAUUUUCCUAUCCACCUUUACUGAAAUAGUUUCUGGCACUGUCCUGGCAGGUCAGAUCUAAGUAAUGCAUAUCUAAUCCUUCAGACUGCUAGUUGGAAUUGCUUUGGGUGUUAGGCCCCUCAGCCUGUUUCACUUGUUCCAGUCAGAAAGCUGUGUUCUCAGAAAAACUUCCUUGCAUAUCCUGCUACUUUUGUUCUCAGGCCCUUCCUUAUUGGAUAGAGUCUCACCUCAUUUGGUCUGGGUGGUGUCUGACUGUGUGAGUGGCUUUAUGUGCUAAGCCUAAAGUCCAUAAGAUUAAUGCUGUGGCCAGGAUUUAGCAUUGAUAAGAAGAUGGCAGUAGGAAGGAGCCAGGUAUAUGGUAAUAGUCACUGCAUGCAUCACAGUAACUGGCUGGAUAGCCAUUUCCCAAGGCACUUGGGAGGAAGGCUGCAUGGGGCCAGGGAAAGAAGAGCCAGCACUCAGCCACAGUCCCUCCUGUGCAUCACUAACCAGUGUUGCUCCUGGUUUGGAUUCUAGAACGUGAGUGGCCCUGAACCUUGGCGCUCAGUGCUUUGUACCAGGCCAGAGUCUGGGCUGUGCCGGAUAUGGACAGCUUUUUUACUGAGAAAGCCCUAGGUUAGCCCUGUUGUGCCAGCACUGGAUCCGGCCACUGAGGGAAUAAAGAGACUGGCAGACCGGGGGAAUCUCAGAACUGGAGCUAGUUACAAAUUCAGGUGCCUUAUGUGGGGCUCUGUCCCAUAUGCUGCUGGGGAAAGCUGCAUUGCCUUCUUUCCCUCCCCAUCUGCAGACAGGUAUCAGCACUGCCUCUUGUCCUUGCGUGUUAGCUCAGAACUGUCUUGUUUCUCAUUGUGGCUCCUCCGAGACGUUCGCGUAUUGCUAUGGAGCUUCAGAAUCAUUCCUCUCAGUGACAGAAGCCCUAUCUAGAAAGUUUCUACUAUUUGCUAUUUAAUUACCAUCUAGGUUGUGGUUUCUGAAGCUGCUCAGAGCUGUGCUCAGUAGAGUUUGUCUUGGAAAUGUGUCCCAGGGCAGAUUGCAUCUGUCUACUGUGGGCCCUUAUCAGCAGUGUUAGCUUUUGCGAGGAGGAGGACCUCUGAGAAGGGCAGAGGAGGCAGGCCUCUGGCAUGGAUAGUGCUGUGUCCUCUUUCCUAUUAGUUUGCCUUAGUCUCACUGGAGACCAUUUUGAGGCCAAGUGCUCAAACUGUACCCAGCAAGACAGGGUUUGCCAUCUUCUGUUACUGAAGGUCUGGUGGUCUGUUUCCAAGACUCUGAAUUCUUGUGUCUAGCUACUCAGGAAAUCUGGGGAAGCAUUACCACUUUGAGGUGUUAACUAGGAUAAGUUUGAAAUUCGAGCUUUUAUACCUGCAUUGGAGAGAGAAUUAGAAGUCAUAACUUUCUCUGUAAAUAGCUGAACCAAUCAGAAGUUGAGUCAGGAGGCCAUGUUAUUAAGGAAUCUGCACUGUUGAUAGCUGUUAUCUUGUGGGUGAUAUAAUAGGAGGAAAAAAACCUCCCUGUUUGGGAGAUGAUGCCUUCUGUUCAGAGCAGGCAUCUGAGAGGGAACAUGUCCCAGUGGACUGGCAGGCCCACCUGGUGCCAGGGGGCCUGCUUCCUGCACCCUUCCUCUCCUGUCUUGCCCUUGUCCCUCUGCCUUGUAAUCUCCUGGGAGAGAGUCUCUCUUUUCCUGGGAAGCCUUUCGGCUAAGAUGCCCUUGAGCUUCUCCAAAGAAGAUCCUGGUUUAUUUAAUUCUAUAUUCUAAAGAGUAAAUAGAGGAAAUAACUAACUGUAGUUCUGGGCUAAAGUAGGCUCUCCUUGCGUGUUAGCUCAGAACUGUCUUGUGAAGGCAGUUUCCAGGAGUAUGUGGGACUUGUUGCGGAUACCUGUAGUCUGGGCCUUCUAAUUCCCAAAUAGGGGCAGUGAUUUGGGGAUGUUGAGGCUAACCGUAGACUGGUGAUUCUUGAAAUGACAGUGACUGGGGAAUCUUUGACUUACAUUUUCGGUUGAAAUGGAACUCAUUUGUGGAGCAGAUUUAAUAGGCUCUGUCUAAUGUACAAAUAGAGUGAGUCUUGCCUUAGUUUGUCCUGCCCCCAUGGUAGGCUCCCAGGGUACUCUUUUUUCCCUCUGUAAAGUCACUUUCUUCUGGUGGCCAUUGUCACCAUGAUGUCAGUGAGGUUCGGGGAAUGGGGACAAUCUCCUAAAAACCACACCACAGACUCCUUGCCAGUGCAUGAGGAUUCCUGAUACAGAGGGUGCUGCUGUACCUGGUGUGGGAGCCUAAUCGUCAGACCAUCACCUUAUUCACAUGCUGUGUUACAGAACAUCUUAGCCACAGGAAGGAUCUGGUGGAGGUGGAUCUACCCUUUGUUUUACAAAGGAUCAUGUAAAGUCAUUGAAGUUGUGAAAGUCUAUUUUUUCCCUUGUAAAUCUAUUUUUCACAGAAUAUAAGAAACAUCAAUGACCCGAUCUAUCCUUCCUCCUCUUUCCCCUUCACUCGAGAUCCUCAUUCCAGUUUGUAUUAUCUUUGUGUCCAAAGUAAACUAGGUGAUUUAUUUGUAUAAAAUGUUAUUUUGCCACAAGAGACAGAAAUAAAAGAUUUUCACAGUCUG